AUGGCCGGCGGAUCUGUUUUUCACGUCGGUGAAGACGUCGCAUUGUACCAAGUCGUGGUGGUUUUGAACGCGUUGGCGAUCUGUUUGCUGAUUUUUGAGGCUGCACUGCAUCACUUAGAGCACCACGUCCUGGCCCAUAACGACAAAUACCAGCACAUGGUGAAGAAGGUGUACCGUGAAUUGAUGAUCCUAGGACUUCUCAGCUUCAUCAUUAAGAUUCUGACCGAAGUGGGAGGAAUCGACGGCUACAGCGGCACCAUGCUAGCAUUCCAAGUGGCUGACCUCACCAUCUUCAUCCUACAAUCACGCUCGUCCUCCAAGCCACUUGCGCAUGCCAAUUUGUUCAAGAAGGACGUCGUAGAGCAUCGCUUACUACGGCAUCUCUUUCUUCGUCGAUUUGGUCUUCCGCAGCUUUUCACGUUCUCGAAGUAUCUUCGACGCGCCCAAGCAACCAACAUCGUGCACAUGAUAAAAGCGUUCUCUGCUGUCGAGCAAAUCCUCGGAGACUUUGAGGUGGAAAUGCGCUACGAGCUCAUAGAAACGCUGAUGGCAUUCGCAUGGGCUUUGGUGGUCUUUCACAUCUUUGUGAUGCUGUACUUCCGCUUCUGUUUGCGUCGACUGUUAUCAGUUGCCGGAUCCAGCAAAGACAAGUCCGUUCUUGCCGUAAACCUCAGCAAAAUUGCCAAUGAAGAGGCUAACGCCUGGCAAAAUGAAGCUGCAGAGAGUGCGUUAGAUGCGAUGAUUCGAACCCACGAGCAGCAUGAAGAGAUGGAACACGAACGGAGGGCACGUCGCCGAGGAAUACUUAAGGACGACGUAGGAUUUCAACUCGUUGCUACUUGCUUUCGACACGUCUCGCGUGCUCUUAGCAGCAAGAAACAUCCAGAGCCUCGACAAACGGGAGUGAUGCCGGGGUCCCCAGACAUCCACCUGCCAUUGUUUUCGAGGAAAGCAUGGCAUGUCGCUGUCAUGUUCAUGAUGAUUCUGAACGGGUUCUUUGUUGCGCUACUAGUCAUGGGCGCAGUUUACUGCUUUGACGAGAUCUACCACCAAGUUGGUAUUUUUCCUGUCAUUUUGAUUCCGGUCCCGUUGGUCCUCAACAGUCCGAUCUUCCUUAAGUCCAUAUUCCGCGACUUCGUCUUGAUCUGUAGCAUCCUUCACAUUGAUGCCAGCACACUCGGAGAAGUUGUCGGACACUUCAGUGAAACGGUAGAGCUACGAUCGGAGUUUGCGUCUUCUCUGCUGCAGUGUUUGAAGAGAAGUGGACACUCGAUCGCAGACUUGGACAAAGCACUGCAGUCGCACGACUUGCAUAGCUCUGGUUUCAUUGAUGUUGACAAGCUGCGCACGGUAUUGGCGUCAUUCGGGUUCCACUUAGCUCGAUUCCGACUUAACAGCGUCGUGAAGCUGCUGUUUGAGCUCCAAGGAACUAGCGUCGAGUAUGCGCAAUUGGUUCAGCUAGUGACUCUGAUUCAGCAGGAGUAUUGCGCCGAGGAAAACAAGUCUUCCACAAGAACCCGGUCCAAGUGA